AUGUAUCCGAGUCAAUCGUCGCGCAAAGCUAGAGGAUCUGGUCAAGCUACUGGUGAUUUGGCCAAGUUCUUGGAUGAAUGGAGUCCACGCGGAACCUGGUGUGAGUCCUCCCGUCACGGAUAUAACUCACACCCUGCCCUUGUAGAGCAAGACUUGUCGCGGUUCUUCUUUUGCUUAGCGCGUACUGUGAGCUAUAUGCACGAGCAAGGUAUCCGGCAUAUGGAUAUCAAGCCGAGCAACAUCCUAGUCCACGAAAGGCGGACAGAUUUCGGUAUCAGUCAAGCUUUUACAGUGGAAGAAGGCUCUCAAACUGAAGGCCCAACAUCAAUGACUAGAAAAUGGUGCAGUCCAGAGGUGGCAGCAAAUCUUCCUCGGGGAAGAGCGUCCGAUAUAUUCUCCCUAGGAUGCGUCUUUAUACAGAUGUGUACUACGCUUCUCCGGGUGUUGCUUUCUGAUUUCGACGACUUCCGCGCACAGGAUGGCAGCGACGAGUCGUUUCACUCCAACUUGCCGAGGGUGCGACAGCAGAUUGCUAAACUGAGGGAGAUACGAGCAACACUUGACCAAGAUGAACAAGAUGAACAAGAUGAACAAGAUGAACAAGAUGAACAAGAUGAACAAGAUGAACAAGAUGAACAAGAUGAACAAGAUGAAAAUCUUCAUAUCCCUGCUGGUAAAUUUCUUGUCCUUGUCGAGGAAAUGAUCGAAUAACAACCUGAGUGAAGACCGAUUUCAAU